UGCUCUUUGAUCUGCAGAGCAUAUGAAUUGGCUCCAAACUUAAAACAUGAAAGCUAAAUUACCCCAAGACCACCGUUCAAUAAUUAAUGAAGGAGAGGAGAAUGAAAUGGAAAUCUUUGGCUAUAGGAUAAGUGUACUUUGGAUUAUCUUGUGUGUGGUUGGCUACUGUUUCUCAGCUGGGAUUCUUCUGCUCCUGUUUUAUUGGAAGCCUGAAUGGAGCGUCUGGGCAAACUGUGUCCCUUCUUCUUUGGAGAAAGCCAAUGUGAUUUUACUGAGAACAACUGAUGAAAGGAAAAAAUACACUCGAAAGAAGGUGCGUUGGAUUACCCUGGACCAAUUUAAAGACUCACUUUUAUGUGACCCAAAAUGCUCUAUCAUGUCUGAUAAAGACUCCGUUGUGAACAGAGCCAUAAGGAGGCCAGAUGUCAAAGUAAAGUUCAUACGGGUGCAGAAAAUUAGAUAUGUCUGGGAUCUCUCUAAAAAGAAAUUUGAGAAAGCUGGAACCUUAGAGGAGGAGCACUCUUGUCAUAGCAUACAUGCAAAGUAUGGAUCUGGUCUGCAAAAAGAAGAACAAGAUAUCAGGAGACUAAUAUGUGGAAAUAACACUAUUGAAGUUGAAGUGGCUCCUCUCUGGAAAUUAUUCAUUAAUAAAGUGCUAAAUUUAUUCUACAUAUAUCAGUUCUUUACUGUGGUCCUAUGGCUGGCUGAAGGGUACUUGGGUUAUGCGAUUGCCAUCCUCCUUUUGUGUAUUUGCACGAUCACUUUAUCUCUCAUGGAACUAAGACAGCAAUCUUCAAAGCUUCACAAUUUAGUUAAAUCUCACAACGACAUGAAGGUGAAUGUUUGCCGGAGAGGUGAAGAUUGCAGUCAAACUGAAUGUCAACUAUUAGUUCCAGGGGACAUUAUUAUUUUAACUGGCAAAAACUUUUUUAUGGCAUGUGAUGCCAUUUUGAUCAAUGGGACAUGUAUUGUCAAUGAGGGAAUGUUAACAGGUGAAUGUAUACCUGUGACAAAAACACAGCUACCUCACGGAGAUGACACAAUGCCAUGGAAGCAGUACAGUGGAGAAGAUAAUAGGCGCCAUGUAAUGUUCUGUGGUACUGAAGUGAUAAGAACUGAAUCCACUGCACAAGGUCCAGCCAGAGCUGUAGUCUUAAGGACUGGCUUUAAUACAACUAAAGGAGAUAUGGUGAGGUCCAUAUUGUAUCCAAAGCCCUUAAACUUUAAGCUCCACAGAGACGUUAAAUGGUUUUUUGUAUUUUUGGGAUUUCUAGCCGUUGUUGGCAUUGUAUAUUCAGUGGUCAUAUUUGUACAGAGAAAGGUUUCAGCUUGGAGAAUUAUUGUGGAGGCUCUUGUGCUUUUGACAUCUGCAAUUUGUCCAAUUAUUCCAGCUGCUUUAACAGUUGGAAUUCUAUAUGGUCAAAGCAGAUUGAAGAAAAAGACUAUAUUUUGUAUUAGCCCAGAUAGAAUCAACAUGUGUGGCCAGCUCAACCUCUUCUGUUUUGAUAAAACUGGCACUUUAACAGAAGAUGGACUUGAUUUGAUGGGCAUAAUACCAUCAGGAGGAACAUGUUUUCAGGAAAUGCUUGAGCAUAACCAGAUAAAUAAACUGACCUGGGGACCUAUGUUUGGUGCUAUGGCAAGCUGCCACUCAGUGAUCAUGGUUGAUGGGAAUCUACAAGGUGAUCCUUUGGACCUCAAAAUGUUUGAAGCUACUGGCUGGGCGCUAAAAGCUACUAAUGAAGAUUUUAGUAAGGAAUAUUCUUCACAAACCAUGGUUGUCCUUCCUGGGCCGAGUGCAUGGAUAAAUACAGUGAAAGGUAUAAAUGUAUUGUUCCAGUACCCUUUCUCCUCUGCUUUGCAACGUAUGUCUGUCAUCACUGAGGCUAUUGGUGCAGAUGAGUUGAUUGUUUACAUGAAGGGAGCACCAGAGAUGGUGGCCAGUUUCUGUAGGCCAGAAACAAUCCCUAAAGAAUUCUUGGAAGUACUGGAAAUCUAUACAUUUCAGGGUUUAAGAGUAAUCGGAGUGGCAUACAAAAUUCUUACAAAUGGGAAUAGGGAUGAUUUAGAGAGCAUUGAAAGGGAAGAAGUUGAGAGCGGCUUGGAUUUCCUUGGUUUGCUUAUACUAGAAAAUCGUCUCAAACCAGAGACUAAGCCUGUCCUGGAGGAACUAAACACUGCCAACAUCAGGACUGUUAUGAUUACAGGUGAUAACAUACAAACAGCAACUACAGUUGCAAAGAACUGUGGAAUGAUUCCUGAGAGCAGCAAAGUGAUUUUGGUGGAAGCUGAAGGUCCUAAGGAUAGUUCCCCAGCUUCUGUCACUUACAAUCUUAUAGAGUAUUCACAAAGUGGAAGGAAUGAUAAAUCAUUACAGGAAAUAUCUAUCAAUUUGGAAGAUGGCAAAACACAAAGUAGUAAUUAUCAUUUUUCACUGAGUGGGAAGACAUAUGAAAAUUUGGAGAAACACUUUACUGAUUUGUUACCAAAAAUAAUAUUAAACGGCACAGUUUUUGCAAGAAUGUCCCCUGGGCAGAAAUCAGCAAUUAUAGAUGAAUUUCGAAAGCUUGACUACUAUGUAGGGAUGUGUGGAGAUGGAGCUAAUGACUGUGCGGCUCUGAAAAUGGCCAACGCUGGAAUUUCAUUGUCAGUAGCCGAGGCCUCAGUGGCUGCUCCUUUUAACUCUCACGUCACCAAUAUUAAAUGUGUCCCAGAUUUACUCAAGGAAGGACGGGCAGCCCUUGUCACAUCUUUCUGCAUGUUUAAAUACAUGGCUAUGUUUGGAUUAAUUGAAUAUAUCAACACUUUACUCCUCUACUGGCAACGAAACAUAUUUGGAAAUAAUCAGUUUCUCGUCCAUGACUUUGCAAUCAUGUUUGUAAUUUUCCUAACAAUGAGUUCGACACCUGCAUAUCAUAAACUAGCACCGUAUAGACCACCAGGACAACUGAUUUCUCCAUCUAUGCUGUUUUCUGUGGUGUACAACGUGCUGUUCACAAUAGCUAUGCAGACAUAUGGAUUUCUCAUAGUCCAGGAGCAGUCGUGGUACAGCCCUAAUGAUGUGUACAGUGCCUGCUAUCCAGGAAACACAACCUUGAACGAGAACCUUACCACAGAGCUAAUCAAGAAUAGAACAAAGAAGAACUAUGAAAGUUUUGAAAACUCGACACUGUGGCUGCUCACUGCUGUACACUUGGUGAUCUUGGCCUUUGUGUUUUCUAAGGGGAAACCCUUCCGAAAACCACUGUAUACAAACUAUUUGUUUGUGGUGACAUUAGUAGUAGAGUUUGCGCUUACCUUGUUCUUCUUAUUUGCUGAUUUCAAGAAUAUGUAUGUUGUUUUGGAGCUUGUCUGCACACCCAGAAGCUGGAGGAUACACAUGUUAGUAAUGCUCAUCAUAUGUCUUGUUGUGUCAUUUUUAGUAGAGGAAUUUAUUCUAGACAACAGAGCUCUCUGGUUGGCUUUGAAGAGAUGUCUUAAGUUAAAACCUGGUAGCAACUAUAAGAAAUUAAGGUUAAUUUUAGAAGAGGACAAACAGUGGCCACCCAUUGGAACUACAGUUUAUGCAAAGAGCAAAAUGACCAGUGGAGAUUCCAAAGCAUACUCCAAUCCUGUCUUUGAAAAUGAUAAUGUUUAGUUGGAAGUAAUGAGAUACACAUGCUAGAAG